UUAGGGAACGGAACCGGAAAUGGGGAGGAUGGCGCCAUAGAAAAAGCAUUGGUAGAGCGGCACCCUAGUCCUAAUGGCAACUUUCGAGGGAGCCCCUCGCUCCGGUCCUUCUCCGCCGCUCUGUGGUCAGCUCGGUCGCUAUGGCGUCGCUAGGUGAAAUUGCAGCUUUGAUCAUGGUGGCAGUUCUUUGGGGAGGAACCAACCCAUUUUUGAAAAGGGGCACAGAGGGUCUGGAGCAGGUGAAGGGAGAGAAACGAACCCUGCAGCUACUGGCAGAGAUGAAAUUCCUUUGUCUCAAUUACAAGUACAUGGUGCCAUUUGUGCUCAAUCAGUGUGGCUCAGUUGUCUACUAUUUUACUUUGGCAUCCACAGACUUGACCUUGGCUGUGCCUCUCUGCAACUCUUUGGCUCUGAUGUUCACAUUGGCAACAGGGAAGAUGCUUGGCGAAGACCUUGGUGGGGCAAGGGCUGCACUGGGAAUGCUGCUGACUGCCUUGGGAGUAGCUCUCUGCAUAGCUGCAUCUAUGGAUGAGAAGGCCUGACAAGGCAGAAGUGUGCAGGAAACAACGGCAGCCAUGAAUAAGCAACGGGAAACUGGCAUCCCUCAAGACCCACAGUAUGCUGCAGGGGGCUGUCUUGACUCCGUGCAGACUUCAAGCUGUUGUUGGGGAAGUCUCUCUCUCUUUCAAGCCUCCUGGUACUUAUUUGUGCCUUUAGGGACAUAAAAGUACAUGGUGCCAUCAAGUCGAUUUCUACUCCUGGAGCCCACAGAGCCCUAUGGUUUUCUUUGGUAGAAUACAGGAGGGGUUUACCAUCGUCUCCUCCCGCACAGUAUGAGAUGAUGCCUUUCAGCAUCUUUCUAUAUUGUUGCUGCUUGAUAUAGUAGCAGUGGGGAUUCGAAUUGGCAACCUUCUGCUUGUUAGUCAAGUAUUUCCCUGCUGCGCCACUAGGAAGCUGCCAUUUGUCAAGUCAGACCAUUGGUCCAUCUACACUGACGGGCUUCUCCAACGUUGCAGGCAAGAACCUCUUUCAGCCCUGUCUUGGAGAUGCCAAGGAGGGAACUGGGAACUUUCUGCAUGCAGAUGCUCUUCCCAAAGCAGACCCAUCCCCUGAGGGGAAUCUCUGACAGUGCUCACACUUCUAGUCUCCCAUUCAUAUGCAACAAGGGCAGACCCUGCUUAGCUAGAGGGACAAGUCAUGCUUGCUCCCACAAGACCAGCAAUUCUCAUUGAUCUAGUUUGCAGAAGGUCUGGUGGAGCUAAGCUUCUGUUGGAAUGGUCUUGUCAGCUAACAACUCCUGGCUUCCAAGUGUGCAUUCACAGUACCAGAUUUUAAAAGCAUCUUAAACUAGCACGGAAGUAGUUUAAAAGGUCCCAGAGAGCAAUAUGCUGCAGGACACGUUGAAACAGACCCAAAGUAAGUGCAGGGGUGACUUCUAGUGGAUCCCUACCUUGGAGAAAAGUGGUGAGAUGUGGAAAGAGGAGGCUGGUCAAAAGGAGAACUUCCAGCCUCCACCCAGAAAUAUCGUUUAAUAAUGUCUCAGAUGUAUGCAAGUAGUGUGUGCGUGUCAAGUGCCUCUCCCCCUUCCCUCAAAACCUGGGAUUGUGGGGCAUGGUUUCCAUGCAAUCUGAAGCCCCAGGACCACCGAAGAAGAAGAAGAAUGUGUUGGUAGUGGGGUAACCGGCAGUAGCCUUUGAGGUUUCAUGAGGGGACAAGUUUGGGAGAAACUCCUCCUUUGUCUUGGUUGAAUUUCUGAAAGACUAACUUCUUCAUGGGAUUCUAGUUCUGUUGACUUGUUACUGCACAUCUGUGUUCUAAUUUAUUAAAACUAUGAAGCAAC